AUGGCAAUGUCAAGGGAAAUUCGGCGAGUAGCCAUUAUAGGCGCCGGACCAGCUGGUCUCAGUGCUGCAAAAUAUCUUCUUGCGGAAAAUUACUUCGAAAAGAUAGAUAUAUUCGAAAAAAGGAGCUCACCUGGCGGAGUGUGGAAUUAUACCCCCGGAUACCUGAAACUGGGCUUACCAACACCGGUGCCACAACUUGAUCCCAAUUAUCCAGCGGAAAAGCCUGUGUGGCAACCUACAAAAAAUGCUCACAGCAAGCAUGAAGAGCCAGUCUUUAUCUCCCCUAUAUACAGCACCUUGGAUACAAACAUUCCUAAGGAAAUCAUGGCCUAUGGAGAAAAGCGCUUCCCUGCUGACUCCCAAGUCCUGCCAACGUAUUCGACGGUGAAACAGUAUUUGGAUGAGUACGCUGAAGACGUCAAGCACCUCGUCGCUUUUGAAACAGAAGUCUUGGAUGUCAGAAAGUCCCCACACACCAAUCAAUGGGGCAUCACCGCGCGGAAUCUGCGGACGAACACUACUGAAACCAAUUCCUAUGAUGCUGUUGUUGCGGCUAGUGGACACUUCGACGUUCCCUAUAUGCCAGAUAUUGCUGGGAUUAAACAAUGGGAUGAAAAAUACCCGGGAAUAAUAAGCCAUUCCAGGCUUUUUGAUUCACCGGACGACUUCCGUGGGAAGAAGGUGGUGGUUGUGGGAAGUUCAGCUUCAGCUAUCGACAUCGGUAACCAGAUAAAUACUGUGAGCAAAGGAAAACUUCUUGUCUCGCAACGCACGAAGUCCUAUCUCAUGUCGAACCAUGACCCGGAUACGUCGGAUCGGAUAGAUUACCCCGAAAUCGUUGAAUUUCUAUCCCCCACGGAACACGAUCGGGCCAUCCGUUUCGCAGACGGCAGGAUCGAGACAGAGAUCGAUUCGAUCGUUUUCUGUACUGGCUACCUCUACUCGUUUCCCUUUCUGUCGUCUCUCGAUCCACCCGUCAUCACUGAUGGCCGGAGAACCCUGAACACUUACCAACAUCUCUUCUACAUUUAUGAUACGUCACUCGUGUUCCCGGUUUUACCGCAGCGGGUCAUCCCUUUCCAACUGUCCGAAAACCAGGCAGCCGUCUUCGCUCGAGUGUGGUCUGGAAGACUUCGCCUUCCUCCUGUACCUGAGAUGAAGGCUUGGGAAGAUGCCACUGCCAUCGAGAAAGGAAACGGAACCUCGUUCCACCUCCUGCCUUUCCCCCUAGACGCUAAUUAUAUGAACCUACUCCAUGAAUGGGCAGCGAAAGCCGAGCCGCGUUCCGGGCUGAUUAAUGACGGCAAUGGUAAGCAAGGGAAUUAUUGGGGAGGGUAUGAGAGAUGGAUCCGCAGUCUCUUCCCAGAGAUCCGGAAGACAUUUGUCGAUAUGAAAGAGGAGCGACAUGGUAUCACCAGCCUCAAGCAGCUCGGAUAUGAUUUCGACGCAUGGAAAGCGCAGCAGGAGCAAGACGCUUGA